UCGCCAAGCAACCGCCAACGACGCCGAACCCAGAGCAUCAAGUACACACUUAGCAACGCCACCAAAGUACACGCCUGAUGUACCUCCAGUGACGCGCAACGCACUCAUCCUUGUGUUGGCUGCAGUAAACUUCAAGAAUUACAACUUGAGAUGUGACCGGACAACGUUGAUGGCGCACGUCUAAAGUGGCUUCAUUGAUUUGAGCAACGCAAUACGCAAAGAAUCCCUGCUACCACAAUAACAAAGACUUGCGAACACAGUGCUUGAGAAAGCAAUGAGCAGAGUUCCUGGACCAAGCCACUUUUGGCGCCGACGACGCACUCAAGCUGUUCCCACCUUUUUUGCCGGUGUCCUCGGGGUGUGCCAUACACUAAACUUUGAAAGGCAAAAUAGUGUGGAUAGUGUCCAAUCAGGUUUCAUCUACGUUUAACACUAUUUCACGUGAUAUAAACAUUAUCCGGACAUGACUUUCGUUCACUUGGCCAACAGGCAUGGAAGUUGGAGGCAAUGUGGCGGUGGAGGAGGCGGCGACGACCCGUGUGAUUUUGCACCUAGAUUUGGAUUGCUUCUAUGCACAAGUAGAGCACGAGCGUCUUGGCAUUCCACACUCAGAGCCUCUUGCGGUACAGCAGUGGGGAAGCUUGCUCGCUGUGAAUUACGCAGCGCGUCCAUUUGGUGUCGCGCGGAGUGAGAACAUUGGUGACGCGCGCAAGAAGUGUCCGUCGAUCCACCUGCCUCAUGUGGAGACCCUUGGAGAAGGCUCCGAAGUGGCGCCUAACCGGACGAAACAAAAAGCUAUUCUAAGGAGGUAUCGCGCAGCGAGCCGGCAAGUCUUCCAAGUGAUUGCAUUGCACGCACCAGUCUACGAGAAGGCCAGCAUCGAUGAAGUGUACAUGGACGUAACCCUACAGUGCCUCGAUCGCCUCGAGUCGGGCGUGUCGGAUGGUUUGUCGAUCGGGGCUACCCACGUGUUUGGCGUCGAGGACGGGCCAUUUCCGUCAACGAGGCAGGAGAAGUUGCUUUGCAUCGGGGCAGAAAUUGCUCAAGAAAUUCGAGACGACAUCCAACACACGCUGCACUUUACCACGUCGGUGGGCAUUGCGACCAACAAAUUGCUGGCGAAACUGGCAUCACCACAACACAAACCAGACGGCCAAACGAUGAUCCCGCCGCGGUCUGUCCACUCGUUUAUGCAUUCGUUUCGGGUCGAUAAAAUCCGAGGUUUGGGCGGCAAACUCGGCAAGCGCCUGCUUGCCAUGGCAACGCCCGCUUCUCAGCACACAGAAGAGGUAGCGCCCAAGGAUGAAGGCAGCAGCAAGCCCAAGGUCACGGCUGGCGCGAUCAUCGACGAAUACGGGCUGCCGGGGCUACAAAAGGCGUUUGGUGUAGACACUGGGCGGCACAUCUUCACGUUGUGCAUGGGCAACGAUGGAAAUGAUCCGGUGAACAUGAAGAAGGUAUUGCUGGCGCAGCUCAACUCGGUCAAGAGUUUUGAGCAGCGCACGGGGUACUUAACGAGUGAGUCCAUGUUCCACUACUGGCUACGCAUUCUGUGCGAGGAGAUGGUGUGGCGCUUUGACGAAGAGCAGGAAGAGAACCAGCGCAUCCCGACGCAGUUUACGCUCUCGUGUGACCGCAGCGACCGCCAGAAGAAACUAACUCGCCACUUUGCCGUCCCGACCACAGUCGAUGCUACCACGUUUUACGCUGCUGCAUCCAGUCAAAUCACCGACGUCUCGACUAUCUUGCCCUGUGCGCACGUCGUCCUGUCCGCCAAAGACUUUGUGUCCACUGUGAACCCGUCCGUCAAAAUUACUCAUUUUUUCAAAGAAACCAACACGCUGAUGAAGAACCGCGUUGGCCCCGUUGGCCAAGUUGAUGAUGGAGCAGAGCAUGGCGGUGGUGGCAAUGCCAUCCCAUCUGUGCCGCUCAAGCCUUCACGAGCGAAACUUGGCAAGGCACCAGCCGCUUUGUCCAUUAUGCAAUUCUUCGCGAAAGAGCCGACGCCAGACGCGGCGUCGAAUCAAGGCAGUGUGCAUGGACAUAACGGGUUCUUUUGCACAGAGUGCAACAAAUUCGUGCAAACGACUGCUCGAGAGCACGCAGACCAUCACCUAGCGCUGGCACUGAGCUCGCAAUGGAACGACGACGACGAACGGCCCGUGAAAAAGCGAUCGAAGCAAGGGCCAAUGGAUUUUUUUCUAAGAAAAGUAUGAUGCGGGAUGGGUGUGCCAUGUCGACCCGAGUACGCACAAGUGAACAAAAGUUUGACGAAGGCACGUGGUGGCAAGGGGCAUGACCACGACUGUACAUCCACCGCGAGAAGGUCGCCAUGUGCAGAGUAAUGGAUCGAUAGCUCUGAGAUAACAGUCGACAUUCGCCAAAGCCA